AUGACUAUCGACAACAACUCCGAUAUUUCGUCCAACAUCAAUCUCCCUCCGACCCAGGAGACCGGCGGCUUCGUGACUGUUAUGGAAGCAGUUCUGAAUGUCUGCGCUGGGUCGGCCAUGGGAGUCAGGAAGGCCAAUGAGGUGAAAACGCUGCUGGACAGAAUGCAUGCGAUGUAUACGGGCGCGCAAGAAGAUCUGUGUGAGGGUCAGAGAAAGUUAAUCAAGGUUAUGGAAGAGCACGGUAGGGUCAAAGAGGAGAUUUCGAGGAUAAACAGGUCCGGCAUGGCCACGGGUCUGGGGGUGCAGCGUACGGAAACACUGGGAACUGGCGGGAUGCCCAGCAGACCCGACAGGGACGGAACUUUGAUCUGGGUGACCGGUGGAGACAUCAGAGAAGACAGGAGCACGGAGCAUCGCCUCCGUAUAGUCGGAAGAAUUGGCUGUAAAGCCGAA